AUGGAUAUUGAUCCCUUCUGGAUUACUGGGGGGCACUGGUUUAUUUGUCAUAGCAAUUUCAUGGCCACAGCUAACAAAUCAUCAAUCUGUGAAACCUCAACAAAGUCACAUGCCUUGCUGCUCCUCUUUCUUGUGCUUCUCCUGAUUGCCCCUCUCUUUGCUCGUCCAGCUUAUAUGUCCAAGGUUCCCAUAUGCUCCUCUUACAGGCAACUUCUCUCAUCUUCUACCACAAAUUUGCACCCAUUUUCCACCUCUUCUACCCCAGCUGCUACCUCCACUACCACCAGCACUACUGGCAGCAGUACUGCUACUACAGAUCGACAGUUCAAGGCAGCUGCUCACGAGGUGCCUAGUGGACCAAAUCCUGAAUCCAACAAGUAA